UUUUGCACAAGAAGUACUAAUAUGUAUUCUUUCAGUUUUCCUCCAGGUUUUGGCUUGGGGUCAAUUGGCAUUAAUCGCUGCUGCUAGCGAAGCACUUCCUGCUAUUAUGGCAUGUGUUCUUCUUAGCAACGUUGGAGCAUCCAUUACAGAAGUUGCCAAAGAUGCUCUUGUGGCCGAAUAUGGUCAAAGAAACAGAAUUCCUGGUCUACAAUCUUAUGCAUUUAUGGCUUCAGCUGCCGGUGCUAUUUUAGGUAAUUUGAUUGGAGGAUAUUUCCUACUCAAAACACAGCAACCUAAGUUAAUGUUUCUAGCCUUUUCCGCUCUGCUUGCUCUUCAACUAGCAGUAACUUCAGCUACCAGAGAAGAGUCACUUGGUUUAGCUCAAUCAUUAAAUUAUUCUGCUGCUAGGGAACCAAUCACGGAAAUAUUUCGAAAACAGUAUUUGGAUCUUAUGGUAGCAGUUAGAGAAGAAAGUAUUGCUCGUCCUCUUAUAUGGAUUGUUGUGUCCAUUUUAGCCGUCCCAGCCCUCUCCGGAUCUAUCUUUUGUUAUCAGUCACAAUGCCUAAAUCUUGAUCCAUCAGUUAUAGGGAUGUCAAAGGUGAUAGGCCAUAUGAUGCUUCUAUCUUUGACAGUCUUGUAUGAUCGGUUUGGCAAAAGGGUUCCAAUGAGAAAACUGAUUAGCGUCGUGCAGAUUACAUAUGCUGCUUCUCUUCUUCUUGACCUUGUACUUGUAAAGCAGCUUAAUCUCAAAUUGGGAAUUCCAAAUGAAUGGUUUGCUCUUUGCUUCUCGGGUCUAGCAGAAACUAUUGCAAUUUUUAAGCUCUUGCCGUUCUAUGUGCUGUUUGCAAGUUUGGCUCCAUCUGGCUUUGAAGGAUCUCUCAUAUCUUUCUUGGCGUCGGCUCUGUGUUUGUCUUCAAUAUUUAGUGGGUUUCUAGGUGUUGCCCUGGCUAAUUUCCUUGGUAUAACGUCCGGUGACUACUCAAAUCUGCAUAUUGGGAUACUUAUCCAGUUUAUUGCAGCACUACUGCCGCUGGGAUGGCUCAGUUAUGUCCCUAUGGCUCAACCUGCAUCUGAAAAGGAAAGGAAGAGAAGUGUUAGUAAAAGAACGAGAAAAAACAGAAGGGUAGGGAAAGUAGUUGUUGAUUCAUUCUAUUCUUAUAGACGCAAAAGAGAAUCUGAUUUAAUGAGAUGAGAAUUUUGUAGCUAGCUGGCAAAUAUUCAGAGUUCAAGAAAAUUUGAGUCAUGUCUUAGUCUACCGAUGAGGAAUUGGUGAUGAGGACAGACAACUCAUGACCAGUCUCUGGUACGUUAUGAAAUUCACCUGUUGCAGUGAUUUUGAUAUGGUGUUUCUUGCGAAGAGUUAUAGCCAUGCAGCUGAUUUCUUGGAUUAUUUCUGGGCUCUGCUAAGAAGCGCAUUUUCUACUAGAGCAGAUGGAAGAAAGAAAAUGUAGCCUAUUGACAUUGUGUAAAAUGUUACUUGCAUGAUCUAUUAAUCAUCUGAGUCACAGAGAGUCCAGCGGGUGUCGUUUCCAGAUCCGUAUACGCACUCCUCACUGAUCUGAAGGCCGGUUUUGAGUAGGAUUCCUCGCACUGUAUUGCUGUUUGCAGAUGAUAUAGGCACUCCUCACUGAUCCGAAGGCCGGUUUUGAGUAGGAUUCCUUGCACUCUAUUGCUGUUUGCAGACGAUUGCAGUCUGACAUGCCAAUUUGCUGAGAUUAAAGCAUAUUUCUGAAAGAAAAGGUGAAGAAUUUGAAUGUGGUCACUGACACAAUACUGUUUUUGCAUUGGAAGGUUAGAUGUUCAGUCAUUGAGCUUGUCCAAAGAAUUAAAAAAGGAAAGGAACUAACAGAAGAGAAAAGGUUGCCAGGAUUAAUAUUAACGUUUGGUGAUUUCUUUUUGUCUACCUUAACCUUGGUGUGCAGAGUUACUCGAUACUUGUGUUAGUGGAGAUAGCAGAUACUUGGUGAACUAGUCGAGGUGUGCGCAAGUUUUUUUCCGGAAGCCACUCUUAUAAAAAAAAAGGAGAAAAAAGAGGGCUAGGAUGCGCAAGGGUGCUUGUAAAAUUACUAAUCAAUGAAUACAUUACUUUCUUAACUUUCCA